ACUAAGACUCACAUCUCCUCCUCCUCCCUUACUUCAUUCUGUUGGCUCCCUUUGGGCUGGGGUUUGGGGAUGGGUUGGGAGAGGAGGGUCUUGUAGGGCCUGCCGGUACUUGUUGAAGUUGUGUCCCAGCAGGGGACUUGAGCAAGGCCUCUUAGAAGGUCAUGACUGUGGACGGGGAUGCUGCAGAGGGGCGCACCCACCGUCAGCCAGGAGACACUGCACCUCUGAAGCCAGCCGGGCAGAGCCGACCUGAGAGUGGAUUCUGAUCCACAAGUUACUUACUGAGCCCCUCCAAGCCUCGGUUUCUUCAUCAGUAAAAUGGGAAAACGAGUAUUUGUUUCUUGGGACUUUGUGCAGAUUAAGAAGAAAUGUCAGAUGAGAUCAUCCAGCAGAACGCCUGACAUAUUGGGGUCACUCAGCAAGUCUUAGUUUUAUUUCCUUCCUCUCCUCUCUUCUCUGUUGCCAACACAGUAGAUGUGUGAUUACUGUUCGUUGAAUGAAUAUGCUUGAUGGAGCUUCAGCACCAACCCCUCCACCCCCCUUUUCCCCAGAAUCUGCGGGGAGAGCUGGGGACCUGACAGGCUCAGGCAUGCCACUGCUCUCCGAGGACUCGGGUUUGCACGAAACCCUGGCACUGCUGACCUCUCAGCUCAGACCUGACUCCAACCACAAAGAGGAGAUGGGCUUCCUGCGGGAUGUUUUCAGUGAAAAAAGCCUCAGUUACUUAAUGAAGAUUCACGAGAAGCUUCGCUAUUACGAAAGGCAAAGUCCGACCCCAGUUCUGCAUAGCGCCGUGGCCCUCGCUGAGGAUGUGAUAGAGGAGCUGCAGGCCGCCUCCGUGCACAGUGACGAGAGGGAACUGCUCCAGUUGCUGUCCACCCCCCACCUCAGGGCUGUGCUCAUGGUGCAUGAUACAGUUGCCCAGAAGAAUUUCGACCCUGUUCUCCCCCCUCUGCCCGAUAAUAUUGAUGAGGAUUUUGAGGAGGAGUCAGUGAAGAUUGUCCGCUUGGUCAAGAACAAGGAACCUCUGGGUGCCACCAUCCGGCGGGAUGAACACUCAGGGGCUGUUGUGGUGGCCAGGAUCAUGCGAGGGGGCGCAGCAGACAGGAGUGGUCUGGUCCACGUUGGCGACGAGCUCCGAGAAGUGAACGGAAUCGCAGUCCUGCACAAGCGGCCCGACGAGAUCAGCCAGAUUCUGGCCCAGUCCCAGGGAUCCAUCACCCUAAAAAUCAUCCCAGCCACCCAGGAGGAGGAUCGCCUGAAGGAGAGCAAGGUGUUCAUGCGGGCCCUCUUCCACUACAAUCCGCGAGAGGACCGGGCCAUUCCCUGCCAGGAGGCAGGCCUGCCCUUCCAGCGCAGACAGGUUCUGGAAGUGGUGAGCCAGGAUGACCCCACGUGGUGGCAGGCCAAACGAGUAGGGGACACCAACCUCCGAGCCGGUCUCAUUCCCUCCAAGCAGUUCCAGGAGAGGCGACUAAGCUACCGGAGAGCCACGGGUACCCUGCCGAGCUCCCAGAGCCUUAAGAAGCCCCCCUAUGAUCAGCCUUGUGACAAAGAGACCUGUGACUGUGAGGGGUACCUCAAAGGGCACUAUGUGGCUGGUCUUCGGAGGAGCUUCCGGCUGGGCUGCAGGGAGAGGCCAGGGAGCUCGCAGGAAGGAAAGAUGUCUGCUGUAGCUGAGUCUCCGGAGCUGCUGACCUACGAGGAGGUGGCCAGGUACCAGCACCAGCCCGGCCAGCGGCCCCGCCUGGUGGUUCUGAUUGGGUCUCUGGGUGCCCGACUGCAUGAGCUGAAGCAAAAGGUGGUGGCUGAGAACCCACAGCACUUUGGUGUUGCCGUUCCACAUACCACCAGGCCCCGAAAGAGCCAUGAGAAGGAAGGGGUGGAAUAUCACUUUGUCUCUAGGCAAGCAUUUGAGGCCGACUUACAGCACAACAAAUUCCUGGAGCAUGGCGAAUAUAAGGAAAAUCUCUACGGGACCAGCCUGGAGGCUAUUCAGGCUGUUAUGGCCAAAAACAAAAUGUGUUUGGUGGACGUGGAACCGGAAGCACUGAAACAACUGAGGACUCCAGAGUUCAAGCCCUAUAUUAUAUUUGUAAAGCCUGCAAUUCAGGAAAAGAGGAGGACACCACCUAUGUCCCCAGCUUGUGAGGACACAGCAACCCCACUUGAUGAGGAACAGCAAGAGAUGGCCGCCUCUGCCGCCUUCAUCGACCAGCACUACGGGCACCUGGUGGACACAGUGCUGGUGAAGGAGGACCUCCAGGGGGCAUGCAGCCAGCUCACAGUGGUCUUGGAGAAGCUGAGCAAGGACACUCACUGGGUACCUGUUAGUUGGGUCAGGUAACUAUCCAGAUCAUCCAGGCUGCAGGGGACCUUCAAGACCAUCACGUGUGGCCACCCUCAUGUAAUCUUCAAGGAACCUCAGUGCAGAGAGGGUGGAAUUCUCCACAAACCGUCAUCAAGAAGAGUAUCUGUGGGAAGUCUUUUGUUUUUGUCUGUUGUUUUUCACUGCGCCCCUUUGGGUCAAGAAUUGAAAGGGGCAUAUCACAAAAUACCCAUUUCAUUCAUUAAAGUAUCGCAGGCAAGUUGACCCUGAUUCUUUGUACCAAAGUUAAGUAAUCACUGUCUUUUAGUGAUGGUAGUAGUUAACGUGUACAGUACUGAUUUGCAGAGAUGUUUAAGCUUUAUAAACAUAGCAAUUCUUCAUUGACUCAAUUUUGUUGGAAGCUAAGUUGUUUUACCAAGGGGAUUGUCCAUGUAACUGAAAUUCCUGUCUUCAAGCACUGAAAAUGU